AUGGCUAAGAACCUCAACUCCAUCAGCUUCGCAGUUCUCUUGUUUGUCCUCGUGAUUGCUUCAACUGGAAUCCUGAACAGCGAGGCUGUGGAUUGUCCCGGUGGAUGCUCUUUGCCUGCUCAACGUACGUUCUUAGACGAGUGUGGGGCGGUGCCUUUCACUGGUACAGAUGCUGAAUGUUGUACAUGUUGCAAAGGCAAAUGGCUGAGUCCUCCACUCUGUUGGGCGGUUGUUGAGGGAACUGAGAAACACUGCCAUUGCUAUCGACAUGUUUGAAAUAACUUCAAAUAGUUCUCAAGUGUGACCUUGCUUCUCAUUCGGUGUGAGAACAUGACAUGUGUGUAUAAUGUUUGUGUUCAAAUUUCUUUUGCUUCCAAAUAAAACACCAAGGGCAAAGCUGAUCACUGCUUGCCCCCUAAGUGUGAGCUCUUGUUGUGUGUAC